AUGGUUCCAAGUAUCAAGACACUCUCAAUUUUGCUCUGUGAUUUAAAGUGGCCCCUGCCAGCCUUCAGCGCGCAAACAUUGACAUCAACUAGAUGGCUUCUAGAUGGAUGCGCUGAGGGAAUUGACAACCCGAUUUGGCACAACAUAUUGAAGGUCGAUGCGAUGAAGCAGGAGCUUUUCAUGAACCGAAUCAUUUUUCUGCACAACCGUGCCUCCAAGCGAAGUGGCAAAGCAGCAUCUUGUCACCUGGCAAUUUCUGAAUGGUGCAGCGAAGUGGAGCGCAUGUGUUUGGCCCAUUUCAUUCACGAGCAAAUGGGGAUGGCAGUCAACAGCGAUGGUGCUCCGCUGUUUGAGGAAUCUGCCAAGUCGAAGGUGCUGAAGCGAACCAUUGAUGGGAAAGAACACAUUGUGACACUUCCUCCAGCUGCACAGUUUGCAACAGUGGAUGGCAAAUUGGAAGAGCUUUCCAAAGAUGCUCGCAAGAUGGUAUUUGAUCAAGACUGCUUGAAGCUUACACGUGAUGUUGCACAGUUGGGAUGCUUGUACCAAGCGGAGGUCAAAAGCGAGAGAUCCAACCGCGUUCAACGCGUACUUCAUUUGAAGCACCAAAACCGUGUUGGAGCCAGUGCAGUCAAACAGUUUAUGGAUCUCAACCUGCACUGCGUCACUGGAAGACCUGGUGAACUAGAAGCUGCCGCCGACAAGUUCAUCAAUGAACUUUCUGGGCACGAUCGUUGGUCUGGCAGCAUCGUUUGGUUGGACUUCACCAAGUAUGGCAAAUUGUCUGGGAGUGACCUCAAUGAUUGCUGCGAUCUAUUGGCCAUGAUCUUGGGCAGGAAACCUCAGAAAUCAGUGGGGCUCAUCAUGGCGCCCCAUUUGAUUUCGGAGAAGGUGCACAACGGUCUCAGGGGGGAGAUGAGGAUGGCUGCAGCGCCCGGUCAGAAACAUGUCCCGCUGCAGUUUCCGGGCUGGAUUUGCAUGGAGGAGUCGACCAUGGCUGACAACAUUUGGGGUGCUUCUCAGCUUGUGGCAGACCGGUGCACACGCUCCAAUGCUAGCUGGCUUGCUGAGAGCAACUAUGUGGUCCCGGCAGCUGGAAAAGACAUGACUCCGUCUUCUGCAGAGACGAGGUCCAUGUCAGCCUACCAGGAGAGCGCUCAAUACCUGGCUGGCAAGGAUGUUGUGGACCAACUCUUGUCCAGCCUCUUUGCAAAGGUGGCCAUCCCGGAGGAGGCAGUGGUUGGGCUUUUCAAUUUGAGCCCUUACGAUGCCUGGUUGGAAUUGACUGCUUACCAAUGGCCCCGGACCCACCAGGGCAUGUGCAUUCCAGUUGUUUCGCUCGGCAAGUCCUUGGGGGUCAAUGAAUAUGUCGAGAGAUCACUCGCUUUGAAGCUCAUGGAGGAGUGGAAGCGUGGAAACCAUUUGAUGGGAGAGCGCACUCCCAAGUACAAGCCGGAGUUCGAACCGCCUGAAAAGGUGGAGCUUCAGAAGUUCCCUUUGCAAAUCGCAAAGAUCGAUACCAUUGCUGGCAAGACUGGCUGGGCCAAGUACAAAAUCAGUUUGCCCCAAAGCUUUCGUUCCCUGCACUACAGCGAUGUUCUUUUUGGACCAGAUUGGCGGGAGCUUAUUGCAGACUUCGACAAGAAGUUUGAAACCAACCUUGUUUCAGAUGUGCUCUCUUCAUCCGGGGCACCUGAGAGCCUCCCGGACACCGUCAGCGACAAGCCGGCCUGGGAAGAGCCAACCACUCUUGAAGAGUUGACGAAAAUGUACCACAUUGAGAACAGGAUUGCUGGCCGGGUCGCUGGCACGACACUCUACUUAGUUCAGGUCAGAUCUAUGUCCCCGCCAGAUUCUUCCACACCGGUUCCACCGCCAAAGGAUGUAAGAGAUGGUGGUGAUCUUACGAGUCUCAAGGGUAAAGUGGAGGCGGAGGUGGCAACAAUGGCUGAGGCUUCAGCCACUUCUGAAGGAUGGAAGGCUUCACCUUUGCCGAUGUCGUCAUCUCUCAGCUCUCAAAAGAAUGACCCAAAGCUAUCUCCAUGUGAAGUGGACAGCCUCUCUGCUCAACUUGAAAGCACUUUGCAGGUACGGAGGGGGCGACCAAAGAAAGAGGACAAAGAAGAACCCAAAGAUGUGACAAAGGAGGAGAAAGAUGAACAGCCGGAGAAGGUUGAGAAGAAAGCAAAGGCAGCAAAGGACACGGAGGAGAACAUUGAGAGGACGGAACAUGAACAGAGUGCAAAAAAUGAGGCGAAGGAGGAAGAUGAAAAGACUAUGAAAAAUGAGAUGAAACAGAAGGCUGAUGCAAAAAAUGAAAAGACAAGCAAGAAGGAGAAGAGCAGGAAAGAUGAGGAGAAGAAGGAAACGAAGGAGGACGAGGAACUUGGCAAGAAGGCAUCCAAGAUUGGAGUAAAUCGCCUCUUUACGCAUCGUGCUCCAAAGUUUGCAGCUGUCAAAAGCAAGGCUAAAGCAAAAGCAAAGUCGAAAGCCAAACAGGUGAAACGAAACAAACAUGAAGAUGAUGAUGCAGAAGAAAACCCGCUGGAUAGCGAAGAAGACCUUUCUGAAGAAUACUCAGCUUGGGAAUAUGAAGAUGAUGAUGAGGCCCUCAAACCAAAAGACCUGCGCAAAGAGUUCAAGGCCGCAGCUUUGAAGGAGAAGGGCAAGAAGAAGGCACAAGAAGACGAUGAGGAAGAUGAAGAUGCGCCAAAACAACGGAAGGGCAGCAAGAAGAUGAAUGGAGAAGGCAAAUCGAAAUCUGGCAAGUUCAGCGGAACUGGCAACAAGUCUGACAAGAAGAAGGGGUCAGAGAAGGCGGAUAACGAAGACAAGGAUUUGAAGAAGAAAGCUGCAAAGAAAGAGAAGCAGGAAAAGGAGGAGGACGAUGAGGAAUAUGAAGACAAGGAUUUGAAGAAAAAAGCUGCAAAGAAAAAGAAGGAACAGAACGAGGAGGAGGAUGAGGAAUAUGAAGACAAGGAUUUGAAGAAGAAAGCUGCAAAGAAAAAGAAGGAGCAGAAGGAGGAGGAGGAUGAGGAAUAUGAAGACACGGAUCUGAAGAAGAAGGCUCCAAAGAAGAAACAGGAGGAGAAGGAGGAGGAGGAUGAGGAAUAUCAGGAAGAACCAAAACCAAAGAGGAAGGCAAAGGAAGACCAGGAAGAAGUGCAGCGCAAGGUAAAGGAUCAGAAGAAGGAGGACAAUGAAGAUGAGAAGGCAAAUGGCAAAAAGGUCAAGAGUUGCAAGUUCAACGGGACUGACAAGAAGUCAGAGAAGAAGAAGACUGAAGAAGCCAAAACAGGCAAGAAGCGAGCAAAGAAGGAGGAGAGCGAGGACGAGGAUCAGAAGAAAGCUGCAAAGAAAGGGAUCAGCAAGAAGAAGGCUGAGGCAGAUGAAGAACAAGAAGUAGUAGAUAAAAACAUGUUCACUGGCAAGGAGAAAAAGGAAAAGGAUGAUGAUGCGGAGGAGGAGGAGAACGAGGAACAAGACCCCAGCAUCGCCAAGAGUACAGAGAAGGAUGAUGACAGCGACAAAGAAGAGGAGGAAGAAGCAACACCAAAGGUGAAGGGCAGCGAAAAGAAGGGAGAAGGUGAAGAUGAGAAUGCUGCUGACAAGAAGUCCUUGAGCGGAACUGGCAAGAAGUAUGCAAAGAAGACCAGUAAUGAGGACGACGAUGUGAAGAAAAAGAAGAAGGCUGCAAAGGAAGAGGAGGAGGAACAUGAGAUGGCACAUGAGGAGGAAGAGGAUGAUGAUGUGGAAGAUGAAGAUGUGCCAAAAAGGGUGAAUGGCAGCAAUGCCAAGGAUUCCCAAUCUAGCAAGUUCAACGGAACUGGCAAGAAGUCUGACAAGAAGAGAUCAAAGAAGGAUGAUAACGAACACAAGGAUUUGAAGAAGAAAGCUGCAGCGAAAGAGAUGGAGGAGAAGGAGGAGGAAUAUGAAGACAAGGAUCUGAAGAAGAAGGCUGCAAAGAAAAAGAAGGAGCAAAAGGAGGAGGAUGAGGAGGAGGAAUAUGAAGACACGGAUCUGAAGAAGAAGGCUGCAAAGAAGAAGAAGGAGCAGCAGAAGGAGGAGGAGGAAGAAGAAUACGAAGACAAGGAUCUGAAGAAGAAGGCUGCAAAGAAAGAGAAGGAGGAGGAGGAGGAGGAUGAGGAACAUGAGGCAGAACCAAAGAGGAAUCAAAAGGCAAAGGAAGACCAGGAAGAAGUGCAGCGCAAGGUAAAGGGCAAGAAGAAGGAAGACAAUGAAGAUGAGAAGGCAAAUGGCAAGAAGGUCAAGAGUGGCAAGUUCAACGGGACUGACAAGAAGUCAGAGAAGAAGAAGAAGACUGAAGAAACCAAAACAGGCAAGAAGCGAGCAAAAAAGGAGGACAGCGAGGAUGAGGAUCAGAAGAAGAAAGCUGCAAAGAAAUUGAAAACACACAAGGAUGACGAACAGGAGAGCGAUGAACGAGAGGAAGAUGAGCGCAGCUCAAAUGAAGGUGAGGCAAGCAAUGACGAGUCGGAGCCGGAAGAGAAGAAAAAGGUGAAAGGCAAGAAACGCAAGAGCCAGGGUGAUGUGAUGAGGGAUGCCUAUCACGACUUCGUCAAGACCCACAUGGCAUUGGUGAAAGAUGAGAAUCCUACUAUGUCUGGUGAGCUGGAGUAUAUGAAGGUCUGCGCUUUCCAUAGCGAUCUGGACAGAGUCAUUUUGGAAAUGCCCAAUGAGUCUGGGAAAGGGACGACAGACUCAGAUAUCUCAUCCAUACGCGCACUACUCCACGAGAUGGAACAGGAGGAGGUGGUGGAUUGCACGAUCAACCUGCAUGAGUUGAGCCGCCCCCCAGCCUGUGGUGAUGGAGCUGCCGCUGCUGACAGCUGA